AUGCCGGUUAACCCAGCAGGGUUAACUGAUGCGGAGAUGAGGGCAUCUCUAGCCCAGAUGGCACAGGCCAUCACGAUGCAGGCCCAGGCUAUGACUGCCCAAGUCAACCGGCAGGAUGUUCAGAGGAAGAACCCACCGGUUCGCAGCAUGGCUGACAGACUGCGAGAUUUCACGAGAAUGAAUCCUCCUAUAUUCACAGGGGAUAAGACUUUAGAGGAUCCUCAGGAGUUUAUAGACGAGCAAGUAGAGGACAGCCGUAAGAGGAGAGGUGUUCGUGAUAUUAGGAGGCCUAGGCCUCAAGAUCAGCCCAAAUUCAAGAAGGGGCAACAGAGUUCUGGGAAUUCUAACCCUCAAAGAAAUACAACACCUAGAGGAGGCAGACCUGAACUCAAUAGGGGCAAUGAAGGUGAGAUGCAGCGUCCAAAGAAGACCUGUGCUAAGUGUGCCCGAGCUCACAGUGGAGAAUGCAAACAGGGCACUAAUGCCUGCUUCGGUUGUGGUAAGAGUGGACACAUGGUCAGAGACUGUCCCCAGAACAAAGGUCAGGCUGGAGUGACCUUCCUGGGCCAUGUUGUGUCCGAUCAAGGUGUAGAAGUGGACCCCAGGAAAACUGAAGCUGUUAAGAAUUGGCCAAAGCCUCUACUCCCACCAAUAUCCGUAGCUUUCUGGGAUUGGCUGGUUACUACCGCAGAUUUGAUUGUUACAUUAGUUGCCACUCUGCUCCUUAUUUGUCUUGGUGGCUUAGCACUUUUUGGCGUGACAGAUGAUAGCAUAGUAGACUGCCUUUAGUUAUCAUGGACGUAUGCUGCAGAUUCAGGAAAUCAUACUAAUUCUGAAGGCAUUGGUGCACGCCUAGUGUCAGUUUCUAUUAGUUUUGGUGGAAUGCUGAUAUUUGCCAUGAUGCUCGGACUAGUUUCUGAUGCAAUCUCUGAGAAAUUUGACUCACUUAGGAAGGGAAGAAGUGAAGUAGUUGAGCAGAACCACACACUUAUACUUGGUUGGAGUGAUAAACUGGGAUCAUUAUUGAAUCAACUUGCGAUAGCUAAUGAGAGUUUGGGGGGAGGAACUGUUGUAGUCAUGGCUGAGCGGGAUAAAGAAGAGAUGGAACUUGAUAGUGCUAAAAUGGAGUUUGAUUUUAGAGGAACUUCUGUCAUAUGCAGAAGUGGAAGCCCCCUGAUUUUGGCUGACCUGAAAAAGGUGUCUGUCUCUAAGGCUCGUGCAAUAGUUGUCCUUGCUGAAGAUAGGAGCGCUGACCAGGUCAGAGCAAGACACGUUGAACUCGAUGAUCUUGAUAAUGAGGUCCUUGUGAAACUUGUUGGCGGAGAUCUUGUUGAAACUGUGGUAGCUCAUGAUGUAAUUGGGCGCUUAAUGAUUCAAUGUGCUAGACAGCCAGGUCUUGCGGAGAAAUGGGAAGACAUCCUUGGAUUUGAGAAUUGUGAGUUCUACAUUAAGAAAUGGCCACAGUUGCAUGGCAUGCAAUUUGAAGAAGUCCUAAUCAGCUUUCCUGAUGCUAUUCCUUGUGGAAUCAAGGUGGCAUUAUCAGGUGGAAAAAUAAUACUGAAUCCCGAUGAUUCAUAUGAGUUGCAAGAAGGGGAUGAGGUCCUUGUUAUUGCUGAGGAUGAUGACUCAUAUGCUACAGCAGCACUGCCUAUGGUUCAGAGGGGAAACUUGCCAAAGAAGUUAAUUAUCUCAAAGACUGCAGAGCGGAUUCUUUUUUGUGGUUGGCGACGAGAUAUGGAGGAUAUGAUAAUGCUACUCAUUGGAUGCCUUCUUAGCACAUGGGUUUGGGUGUUUAAUGAAGUCCCUGAGAAGGAAAGAGAAAAGAAGCUAACGGAUUGUGGCCUGGAUAUUACCCGGCUGGCAAACAUAGUACUGGUAAACCGUGAGGGUAAUGCUGUUAUUCGACGCCAUCUAGAAAGUCUUCCCUUGGAAUCAUUUGACUCGAUCUUAAUUUUGGCUGAUGAAUCAGUGGAAGAUUCCGCAAUUCAGGCUGAUUCCAGAUCACUUGCCACACUACUGUAAAUACGGGAUAUUCAGGCCAAACGCCUCCCAUACAGAGAAUCUAUGGUUUCCAAAGUUCAUGGGGGUAGCUCCUCCCUGGGCACCUGGAGAGAGGAGAUGCAGCAGGCUUCUGAUAAGUCAGUUAUAAUCAGUGAAAUUUUGGACCCGAGGACUAAAAACCUCUUGUCUAUGUCAAAGAUAAGUGAUGUUUUGUCAAAUGAGCUAGUUAGCAUGGCACUGGCCAUGGUGGCAGAGGAUCUUCAAAUAAAUGAUGUAUUGGAAGAGCUGUUUGCUGAAGAGGGAAAUGAGAUGCAAAUAAGAGGAGCAUCCCUAUACCUUUGUGACAAUGAGGAGUUUAGUUUUUAUGAAGUGCUUCUGCGUGCACGGCAAAGGAGAGAGAUUGUGAUUGGUUACUGUCUUGCUAAUGCAGACAAAGCAGUCAUCAAUCCCCCAGCAAAAACAGAGAGAAGAAAAUGGUCAGUUAAGGAUGUUUUUUUGUUAUAGCUUACAAGGAAUGAAAUAUGUAAUCCUUCCAGCCAACCUGAAUUUCUCGUGCAUCACUGGUACCAUAAAUGCAAGAUGCCGUAAGAUAUUGUCAGUCUCAUCUCGAGUCUCUUGUUCAAAUAAAUGAGUUGUGGAUGCAGAUGAAAUUGCACUACACUUCACAUUUUGGUUCAGGAACCAUAGCAUGAUACAAUCAACCAAUUUUUUUGCCUCAUCAACUCUUCACUUAGUAUACUAGGAUAAAGGACUGAACAAAUUUGCUGACGGGUUUCUCUAAAUGGCAUACACUGUAGAAUAUUUUCUCUCAUGGAAAUGUGUAUAAUGUCAUUUUAAGGAUGUCAACUAUGUUGUUUAUCAAUCCUACUAUUUGUUCUACAACAACAGAGUUGGCAAAACUAAUUAUGUUUAAAGGUCCUGUAAUGCAGGAAAACAUUGAUGUAUCA